AUGGUUGGCUACGUGGAAUCGCUCACCGAUCCGUCUUAUUGCCGACAGUUGCUGGUGUUGACCUAUCCAUUAAUCGGAAAUUACGGUGUGCCAUCUGACGAGCUUGACCAAGACGCGAUCGAGCGUUACUACGAGUCGAGAAAGAUCUGGGUGUCCGGUUUGGUGGUCAGCGAGGCUUGCGACUCAGCUUCUUUCAGUCACUGGAAUGCAAAGUUCGACCUUAGCAGCUGGCUUCGUAAAUUUGGCAUUCCGGGCAUUGCCGGCGUGGACACUCGACUUCUGACGAAGAGGAUCCGAGAGUACGGAUCGAUGGAGGCAAAGCUGGUGAUUAACAAUGACGAUCCUCUGUCAUACGAGUUUUUGGACAUCAACGAACGCAAUCUGGUAGCCGAGGUGUCUCGUCACGAGGUGUGCACUAUCGGCGAUGCUUCCACUAAGCCGCUGGUACUUGUGGUCGACUGUGGAAUCAAGAAUAACCAGAUUCGUUGCUUACUGCAUCGCGGCGCUGCCGUCAAGAUUGUCCCUUGGAACUAUCCGAUUGCUGAGGAGAGUAAGUUCAUUUCGAUGCAUGACAUAUGGUACGACAGCAGUGAAGUGAAGCAUAGGACAUCAGCAUAUACUCGCCUUAUAGGAUAUUAUCGCUGCCUUGCUAAAUUAAGUUAGAC